AUGCCGAAUCCACCGAAAGAUUUGUACACUGUAAUGUCCGAUGAAGUUGGAACUCUUCCCAUGGACUGUAAAGACUUUCGUGAAGAUGGUCACACUACUUCCGGCUUGUACGAGAUUUACCUCUAUGGGGCCAGGAAUUGUCCAAUCAAAGUUUACUGCGACAUGUUGACAAUGGGUGGAGGGGGGACGAAACGAGUAGAUGGGUCUUUGGACUUCAUAAGGAAUUGGGCAGAAUAUAAGAAUGGUUUCGGUACACCAGAUCAGAACCUCUGGAUUGGUAACAGGAUGACAAACACGGGAUUACAUUACAUUGACCUGCACGGUAUGUAUUUCAGUACCCCCGACAGGGACAAUGAUAACUGGAGCAGAGGAAGGUGUGGUAAUUUAGGCGGCUGGUGGUUCAACAUAUGCCACCAUGCCUUCCUCAACGGUCCCUGGGGUAAGGAUUACUGGAAAAAGCCCUGGAAUCCUCCGAUUAAGAAUGGAACGUCCGUAAAUGAGACGCUGAUGAUGGUCAGACGUCACUAG